CCUUCCUCUCCCCCCCCCCGCCCACACAGCCUUUCCCGCCUCCUCCUCCGGCAGCCAUGCGGGUGUGCCCGCGCCUCGUGGCGCGGUGCCGUCCCCUCUCCAACCCACCCCUCCUCCUCCUCCCCCCCGCUCUCCCCUUCCCCCUCCUCCCCGGCGGCGGGGCGGGAGCGGUCGGGGCCGCUGGGUGCCGAGCUUCCCGCGGCUUCCUGCCGGAAAGGGCCUCCUCUUCUCCUUUUGUUCGUGUCUCUGCUCCUCGCAGCAGCCCGAGAGCUUCCGCUCUGCUGCAAGGACAGCGACUGGUUAUUUCUCCCCCCCCCCCAGGGUGCGGAGGAUUUCCCCGACUGCUGCAUCCUGAUCCUCAGGCUUCUGCCUGCAGCCUUCCACGCGUCGGGAACGCCUCUAGCUUCUCUGGUUGUUGGAAGCGUACCUUACAAAACCCUCCUAACGAAAAUUUGGUCACCGUCGGCCUGACCAAACCAACGUGUUUUUCCACUCGUAAAAAUGAAAGGGGGCAUCGAUGGACUAAAAUUGCUCUUGUCGGCCCCUGGCCGUGAGGCUUCUGUUUUCCUUCUGCUUUGUAGCGCUACAUGACAGUUCCAAUUCACUCGUCUGUCAGAAAAGCAAUGUCUCGCCAGCCUCUCUUGAGCUCUCUUGCUGUAGCAUCCUUUCUGAUAUAAUGCAGUAGUAUAUGCCCUCACAGCAGGCACGAAAUUCCUGCACUGGUCCUAUUUUCUUUCCAAAAAGCAAGCAGAACGCUCCAGAAAGUGUUGAAGUUGGAGAGUCAACUGUUCAUUUUAUUUCAAAAUUGGAGCUUGUCGUCAUGGAGACAGAUGUUCUCGGUUGCACAACAAACCAACAUUUAGCCAGGAAGCGAUGCUGUUGUAAGCUUGCCUGUAGUAGAGACCAACCAGUGCUAACUUUCAGACAACUUGAUUUUAAGAAGAACGGUACAAAUACCAUCUUGAUUCAAAACAUCUAUCGUAACCCCCAAAACAGUGCACAGACGGCUGACGGCUCACACUGUGCUGUCAGCGAUGUUGAGAUGCAGGAACAUUAUGAUGAAUUCUUUGAGGAGGUCUUCACGGAAAUGGAAGAAAAAUAUGGUGAAGUUGAGGAGAUGAACGUUUGUGAUAAUCUUGGAGAUCAUCUAGUUGGAAACGUAUACGUAAAGUUUCGCCGUGAAGAAGAUGCAGAGAAGGCUGUGAUUGACCUGAACAAUCGCUGGUUUAAUGGGCAGCCCAUUCAUGCUGAGCUUUCACCUGUGACUGACUUCAGAGAGGCCUGUUGCCGCCAAUACGAAAUGGGAGAAUGUACACGAGGAGGUUUCUGCAACUUUAUGCAUUUGAAGCCCAUUUCUCGAGAGUUAAGGCGCGAGUUGUAUGGGCGGCGUCGUAAAAAGCAUCGAUCCAGGUCGAGGUCCCGUGAACGUCGGUCUAGAUCCAGAGAUCGUGGUCGUGGAGGUGGUGGUGGAGGAGGAGGAGGCCGUGAACGUGAUAGGAGGCGGUCAAGAGAUCGUGAAAGAUCUGGUCGAUUCUGAGCCAUGCCAUUUUUACUGUAUGUCUGCUAGAAAGUGUUGUAGUUUGACCAAACAAGUUCAUAAUGAGAUUUUUUUUAAGAUGGGCUUCUGAAUAAAAAAUUUGUAGUGAUACAGUAUUCUUUGUGUAACUUGUUUCUUGUGGGGGGGAGGAGUCUUUUUAACUGUCAUUCCUCUAUCUUGACAAAUACCUAGAUUAACUAUGCCUGAGAGAAAGGUGGUAAAUGUAUUGGAGGAGCGCCAGUUUUGGGGUUUUUUUGGGUUUGGUUUUUUUGGGGAGGGGGGUUAUAAUUUGAACUGUUGAUGAAAAUGUGUGUGUAUAUAAUAUAAAAUAUUAUAUACAUAGUAAAAAUAAUAUACUGCUUAAGAAACAGUUACUCACAUAAGUUUCCCUUUUCUGCUAUGCUGUCUGCUUAUUUAGGUUAGUUUAGGUACAUUUAAAAGGAAGGCUGUGCGAAAUGCAUUUAUUUACCGAGUAGUAAACGCUUAGUUACAAAAAUGUAUGUUUGUUUGUUACCAGAAGUCUGUGCUCUGUCUAUCAAUGUGACUGUGGCAUUUACAAUAAAUCCAAUUUCUUGGUGUAAAAUCUAAAGCCUAUUUUCUAAGCACACUGGAGUAGCUGAGUUGCUACUCCUGGCCGUGCCAGAGUUCAUAGUUCAAUUUUUUUAUGAUUCUUGACUAAAUUCCUUGGUUUUGGCUGGAAAGAAAGUUGCCUAGUGCAGUGUGAAAAAAAAAA